CGCAACUCGUUAAUUCUCGAAGCGGCACGAGCGACAUAAAUAAUACGACGUAAUUGUUUCAGAGCCCGCUCCUCACAUAGUCUUGUGAAAAUCUCCUCCUCGUCCUUUAGGUAAUAGCAAAAGCUAAGACUGGUUUACUCUCUAUCAGAGAGAAUAGCAUGUUGCGCAAAAUGGAAAUAUUUUGGACCGAAUUGAUCAUAACGACUUUGAUUUCUUUGAGCGUAACUGCGAUAUCAGAAGAGUUUAAGAUUUUCAGGACACGUCCGGAUGGAGAAGAUGGGUGGUUAGACGGUAGAGAUGGGUUUAUCAUUCCUUCAUCGCAGUGUCAAAGUGGACACAUAACAAAUUGUCGUCAAUUCCGCGCCGAUUUAAAGACGCCUACUGUCGAUCGAUGCGCUUGUGUAUGCCCACGUGAUAGAGCGACGUUUUUAUUCCAUAAUGGUAAAUGGGAAUGUUUGGACAACAGUCAAGUCCGAAGAUUGUUUGGUGAGUAAUCUUGCCGCAAGAUCAGUUCGUUAAUUAAGCAAUUAAUUCGACUACCGUGCCAAAAAGCUCCCUAACGCAGCACAAAUUCGAUCAUCCGUUUAUGAGAACCAAAAGUUCAUGACCCGACGGUGUAAUAGUAUUUUUUAUUAAUUUUUCACAUUAAUGUCAUUUUUUAGAUUAUUUUUUCGUUGUUUCCAUCAGCAAUCAUCAGUUUUCGGUUCUGUUACCCCCUUUGGUUUUUGCUUUUCCCGUUUCGGAUAUUCAUUUUUCGGUGUUAUAAUCGAGACUUAAAAAAAAAGUCUUUUUUAGAUUUUUGUUAUUCGCUUGUCAAUUCACAUGCCUCCUCAUUUUGAUCCUAACCUUUGGCGGUUUUUUUCUCUUGAGCCCUCGUUUUCCAGUUUAACGGGUCUAUUCGAUUGAAAUUCACGUUCAGCUAAACGGCUUUUGAAAGGUUCCAACCUUCCUCUCUUUAAAGAUGUCUUACUGACGUACAAUUAAAAAAUUUCUUUUUAUGAUUUCUGCAUCCAUUUGCCACGCUAAAUGAAGGUAAAAAUAUUUUGCAGCACAUCAAUAUCUUCUUUGGUAAGGGCAGUGAUCAGUGAAAAGCAAAAUCUACUGGCGGAUUUCCUUGAGUACGCCCGAGUGUCAUAAAACUCUUUAAUCUUUGAUAUUGCCAAAUAGUGUAAUUUAUUAAAUUAUUAUAUUAAAGAAAUUAGUUAAUUGUGAGAACUUUGAUAAGAUUUUAAAAUUCAAGCUAGAAGUUGGCAACAUCAUCGCCAAAGGAGAAUCAUUUCAACUCUUAAAUGACAAGGAAUUCAAGAAAGAGGAGACAUUCAUGUCACUGAGCUCAACAUUGCUAGAACAUUAUAAUUGAUUCGAGAUGGACCCUCAAAAAUCAGUAAAAUUAAAUUUGAAAGGGCUUUGAAAGGCAAUAAAUGAAAUUGCAUGAAAAAUAUUGGUCAUAAAAAUCCCAACAAUUUCAGUUUCAAAUGAAUAUAGAUUUCCUUCUUAAAAGGUUCUAAGCAAAGUCAUGCUAUCAUGAAUUCUACGGAUAUUCCCGGUCGAGUCAAUCCUUAAGAAUAAACCCUUGAAUUUUCGUCUCCUAAUAACUCGAACCAAGCUCCCAACUCAACUUACGAUUUCCCUUGUACAGCUGCCGUACUUUAUACCAAAAUUUUGCGAGGGCAACCCGAGCCCUGGGGAAAUCAAACCUCGUGGUUACUCAAACCGAUGUCUACCUCUGGAUUUCCGUCAAACAUUACUGUAAUUUUACCGUCGCUUACUUCGCGUGACUCUAUCGCGGAUUCAAGGAAAGCAAAAUUCUUUUCCCCUUAGCUCAUAUCUGAACAAUUUUACAACCAAUAACUCAGUCGAACUAUUUUUUGUCAAUUUGUCAGAAGUCAGAAAAAGUUGAACUCUACUUUUCAUUAUCUAAAUUCUUUUAGGAAGCACCGUGUACUUUUUUCGCCUUUUUUUGCAAUUAACCUCACACAACAUAAACCACUGAUCAUCUCCAUAUUUUACAAACAUCCUUCGUGAACCCGACCUUCAAGGUUUACUGUCGUGAUGCAUCACCGAGGUCAUCCAAUACAUUCCACUUGAGCUCGAGAGAGAUUCAGAGAUUGUAACUGCUUAGUAGUUCUAGAAUUUCCGGCAUUUCUGAUUAUAAGGUGCUAAGAUUGAUCGUGUAAUCACUGCAUAUCUUAUGUAAUGUAAAUGAAGAAAAUUAACCAAAUUGUGAAGGAAAUCUACGAUAUCAAUUAAUUUCCAGUAAAAAUUGGAAUUUUUCUUAGUGAAUCAUCAUGUCAAAACUUGGUAGAGGAUCGCACAAUUUUAAAAAAUCAGUUUGUAUCUAUUUUUAAAGUAAAAAUCAUAUGACGUUUAAACAUGGCUGUAAUUCUAAACAAGUGACAUGAGGUUAAAAGCAAAAUUGUCCGCAGAAACUAAAUUAAAACGCAAAAAUUAGAUAUCCAUGAGCAUCCAUGGAGAAGUGAAAUACAAGGCGCAGCAACAUUCUUUUUACUUAAACGGCCUCAGUAAGACUUAACUAAAUCAGAAAACCAACACUGAAUUUUUGACCUUUUGUCAAUGAGUGUCGCUCAUUGACAACAUUCACUGAGGUUUAAAGCUGCAGUGUAGAAAACCGUACACAUACAAAAUGUUUCCUUGAAAGACAAUGGCUCAUUAAUGGCUCACUGGCCACAUAUGGUAAUUGCACGUGGUGCUCUCAAGUUGUUUGGAAAUGCUUGUCUCCCAGUGGCAAAUGUAGGUAAAAAAAUUUAAAUCUAGUUACAGAGGCAUUUAAUUCCAGAGAUACGCUUGUAAGGCUUGAUUAUACCAUUUCUUACAGGACUGUUGUAGUGCAGAGUUCGAGAAUGGUGGCCCCCUGAAUGGCAUUGAAAACCCAGCCUACCUCAGUUUUCCUUUCUGAACAUGACGUGGCAAGUGCCACUUAAUGAAAACUAAGUUUUCGGUUGGACUGGGACUUGUCUCGUGUUGAUAAAUGCUGGAGGAAAGCUGAGUACCUCACAUAUUAUAUAAAUGUGAUGGAUUUAGUUCAACUCUGUGUUGCAGGAUGCCGGGAAUGAGGGGAUCUUAUGGCCACCUCUUUGUUUUAGAUAACGUAUUUGAUCAACACAAAGAAACGGCACUAAACAUAUUACAGAGGCCCCUGGCAAAGAAUCCUAAUUCUCAAUUUCAUUCACGCCUGAGUUCAAGGAAUCGAUAAAGUAUUAUUUUUUUAUUUAAAAGGAUUUCGCAAGCCCCCGUUCGUCACUUUCGACGGAGAACCAGCUACCAGUCCGUUAGGGAUGGUUAACGACACCGACAGUAGAAGAUUGAGUUUGUCAAAUGUGCAGAACUGCAAAGUAGACUCUGCAAAUUCCUGGUCUCUUGGAUGCUACGGUCCUGCAGCACAAUUUAGAAACAAGCCCCCGUUUACAGUCGAACAUGGAUCGGAUGUUACUGAUUUUCCAUUCUUUCUUUCGGUGAGACUUAAAAAAAUAUUCAUAUGUUGAGAUAGGUCUUGGUAUCCUAAAGAAAGCACUUAAGUACGAGUUAUCUUCCGAACCAAACGCCUAACUCUACCUUUAGACCUAAACUGAUCAAUCGAAAAUUGACAAAGGAUAGUUGCUUCUUGAAUUCAACAGCCAAGAUCAUCAAAGUGAAACUAACCAAUCAGUUUCCAUGAAUCAGAUUGACAACAUUCCAAUUAAGACACAGGUUUUCCUUUGUUUCGGAGGAUGACUUUCGCUAAGGUUGUCGAGACAAAAGUGUUUUUCUGUUUAUGUCACAGGUUGGUGUCAAUGGCGUGUCCAAUAAAUCUGAGUUCAAGGGAAAGAUUAUCAAGCUGGGUAUCUUAUGUAACACCCACACUAGCAUAGUGAGGUCGCUGCUGUUCAAGUAUGAAGGAAAUAUCAAUUGUAAGUCCCGGCAGAAUCCCUUUCAAUUUGCACUAUUUUUCAGCCUCAAUGAAAUCAGUGAUUUUCAAACCUAAAAUAUGUUUCUUGUUAAAAAAAAUUCAGGUAACAGCACACCACCCAAUCUUCCACCUCCACCCACGACUGAACCACCGAGUACCACCACGAAUAUACAGCCACCACUUCAACCAACAAAACUUACAGUCAGCAAGGUAGGCAACGUUUCUGGAGGGCGACCGACCGAUCCCGAGGGUCCACCGACCGAUCCCGAGGGUCCACCGAGAAGAGACCAGGAGCGGGAUACACAUGAUGGACCCUCAGUGGGUCUCAUCGCAGCAUUCAUCGUAUCUAUUCUCUUACUUACGAUUGUGAUUGGUUUCUCGUAUCUUGGAUCCCGUCAUUUCAGGUAAGCAAUCUAGUCAGGAAGAUUGUGUAUGAUAAGUCAAAUAAAGGUGUAUGGAAGUUUCGCUCCAUUGCAAGUUCGUCCCUUACCAGUUCGCAUCCAUCUUUACCAAUUCGCCCCCCUAAAUCUCCAGCUCGUUUCCUGGCAUAGGUUGAGGCGAAGUUACUACAUUUUAUGGCCAAAACUUUUUGAGAUAGGGGCGAUCUGGAGUCCUUCAGGCACCCUGUUAAAUUUCCUUUCUAUAAAUUCUACUCGAAACUUGAGAUAUUUUUAACACCUAUUGCCUAAGAGUUUAACGCGGAUCCGAAGUCGUAGGUAAAAAUUCCCAAUCAUCGUCUAAUAUCUUGAGGACCUCGUGAGAGUGCAAUAAGUUAUCAUUAAAACACUACGGCAUCUUAUAAAUGUCCUUAAUUUGCGACGCUGUAUUCUAGGAUCGAGCCUCGACUUAUCAAAACAUUUCUUCCUCAAUUUUGCAUUUUGCAUCUUAGAUAUAAUUUUUGCUAAUCCGAAAAUGCAAGCUACAACGUUAUAUUCAAACUACGCUUAGACUACUUUUGGUCUUUAAAUAUACAGAGUCACUGUAUGCAAACUGUAUUUAAAAAGGAGACUGAUUUUCAGAUACCCCUACACAAUAGCAUAAUUUUUUUUUGUCUACAGAAAGAAGCCUCAGUUGAGACCAAAAAAUGGAGGGAAAGAAGUAAGUUCUUUUUCUCCUGGGUAAGGGAUACUAGUUUUUUCCUCAAACCAAUGGAAGUAGUACUCCUGCAUAAAAGUCAAAAUUAUGUUCCGCCUAAAUCUAACCCUUACAGAAAGCCAAUCCCUUGAGAUCGCUUGAGAUCUUCUAACCCUUAAGAGAUGAUCGCUUUUCUGAACAGCGAACAAAUUGGAACUUCCAUGAUUUAAAUGAUGAUAUCACAUGAUCUAAACACAAUACUGUGCUUUUGUUUCCAUUCGAACGGUCUUAGGGUUACCCAUGACACAAAAAUCCGCGAUUUACAGGCUUAACGAAGCAAGACGUUCUUGUUAUACAGUCAGAAUUGUCUAAUAUUUUUCAUUACAUGCAUCAUAGGACGCAGAAACAGCAAGGCAUCGAGCCAGUUCCGCAUAUGAAGCAGAUGAUGAGAACGGAUACAAGGCGCUUGGAAUAAGAGGGCCUCGUAAGUAAAUAACCAUACUUAUGAACCAGCAUAUAAUUACAACCGAAACUUAACAGCAGGAAUAUAAAAUCACGGUAACGCCACGAAAUCUACGAUGACAACAGAGACCCAAUGCUUUACAAAGAUAAUUUGGUUUUAUCACCUGAGUUUCAUUAUGUAAUUGGCCACCAUAAAGAGUUUCUAAAGCAUACGCCCCUAACCUAAACCCUUCGUCAGAAUGACGAAAUCACCACGGUUGCCAAUUUGCAUUAUCAACUCAGUAGAUAGAACCAAACUCUCUUUUAUAACUCCCCACCAACUCAGCAACACGUUUUUUUUUUACAAACGCAACCCCUCUAUACUUUAACAGGAAACUGAAUCAUUUACAAAAUAAAUAACAGAGGUUAGUGACUCCGAAAGUUACAGCUACAGCUAGAGUUUGAAUUGACAACGGUAGUCAAAUUGACAGUGAGACUAAGUGGUUCAAUGGAUGAUCUCUAACCAAAUCGUGUUUCGAAUAAUAAACGAGCCGCGACAUUUGUGAAUUUUAGAGCAGUAAAAUACAUUCAUAUUUAAUUGUGAGAAGUGUCACUCUUGAUCAUUUGACACCGUGGUGUGCUAAGAUUAGCUAAGGUUGCAUGAGUCGCUGCCUUUGUUGAAAAGAUCCGACAUAUCUUGUUUUGCUUACUUCAACAAAACAUUUCCAUUUUUAGCAAUUUACACAUCAAACUAUCAAUCGCCGAAUCCUAAUAAGGCUCCACAUACAACUAUUGGUGACCUCGGUGGAAGACGUGUAUAUGCUUCCUCAAGCACGGCUGAGGAACGCAAUAUGCAUGACCACGGAGGUAAAAAGACAUCAGUACCCACUUUGGACACUAAAGAUGUAGUCUACAAAGGACCCUGAUUUGGACCCUAAUCUCAGGAGAGAACAGAGUGGUCCUGUUAGAAUAAAUCAACUCGUAUACAAUUGUAUGGAGGACCUAAAGGCAAGGAGAGGAAAUAACAUGGACCCAGAUUCAGGUCUUGAACAAGAUCCGGACUACAAGGACCCUGAUUACAGGGAUCCUGACUACAGGGACCCUGACUUGGACCCCGAUCUCAGGGACAAAAAGAGAGGUCCUGUUAGUGUAAAUCAACUUGUAUACAGUUGUGUGGAAGAGCUUAAAGUCGCGGUAGCGAAAGGACAUAAACACGAUGACGAAAAUGAUGCUCAACGAGAGCAUCAUGGCUUGGAUGGACGUAGUCUUAAUCACUCAGCGAGACCCAGUCAAAAUGGUACCACGCCUCGAGAUGGUAGCGAUGAACUUUACCGUAAUCUUUCAGCGAAACCUAGUCAAAAUGGUACCACGUCCCAAAAUGGUCGUGUUUUGAGUAAACGCUAUUUUGAUCGUUCUUCGAGAGCCAGCGAAUAUGGUUCCAUGUCCAGGGAUGGUCAUCACAAUGGUUUGGAUGGAUAUCAUCUUGAUCGUGUUGCAAGACCCAGUAAAUACGGUUCCAUGUCUUCGGAUAAGAAAGUCUACAAUUACACUUUAGAAAAGUAUCUUCCACCACCAGUUCUACAUGAACUUGAAGAUUAUGAAACGAUGCACCCACAAGUCUCCAGUGCAUUAGAAGAGGAUGAAGAGGAGGAAUCCAGGCAAAAUGGCCAUACUUAUGACGCAGCUUACGGCACCACAAAGUUCUAAGAAGCUGUGAUUUCAAUGACCAAUCAGAGCAAAAAAAAGCAUCACAAGAAGCCAAUAAAAAAAUUCAAUAAAAAAGCAAGGUUACCACCGAAUACCCUGUUCACGCGAGCUACAGACAGAGCCGUAAUUGGUGUAACUCUUGAAUCGGAUUAGUUGAGAAGAUGGUGCGAGUUUGUGAGACCAUUGUUAUCCUAGAUCACAAUCGUUGGCAAUUUGAAAAUUGUGCUUUUGAUCUCAUUCGACCAAAUGGCGGAUAGAUGACCAGACAAUUACAAGUCAACAACGUAACUAUAUUAUUAUUGUCUCAGUAGGUUUGUACUGAAAGAGAUUAUCUAUAACGU